CUGAUUUUCUCCAGACGAUUGCAUGUUCUCUUCCAGAUUGCUUUUGAAGUUGUCGCACCGUCAAUCCCUGGGUAUGGAUGGUCUGACCAACCGAAACGAUCAGGGUUCAGUCAGGUGGCAUGCGCUCGGGUUUUUCGAAAGCUGAUGGAACGACUUGGCAUCAAGAGAUUCUACCUUCAAGGCGGCGAUUGGGGAUCGCUGAUCGCUAGCAAUUUGGCUAAGCUCUAUCCAGCUCAAGUAUUCGGUCUUCAUCUGAACAUGCUGGCAGCAAUGCCUGAUUCUACAUUGAAAGUGGCAGUACUUGACAUCAUUGGAUCGUUCUUCCCGAAGUGGGUGUUCACCUCUCCAUCGCACCACAAUCAUAACUUCUUUACCAGAGUGAUGGGGAUAAUUGCUGAGUCCGGAUAUAUGCACCUUCAGGCGACUAAACCGGAUACAGUAGGUUUGUGA